AUGGGUCGAAGAAAAUGGAAACUGUAUCAAGACGCAUUGAUUCCAAAGCAGCUAGAGGGCGAGCAGUCAAGCGGAGACGAAUCCAUGCCUGCCACAGACCACCCGCCCGCUCUCAAGAUAAAGACCAUAGAGCAGAUCAACGAGUCAGAGGAGGCCGACGAACCAGUCAGAAAGGACUCAAUCCUCGAAAGUCUUAUCAAACGUCCGGCGACGGCACCCAAGGUAGAACCUCAGGAGCCAGCAGACUGGAAACCAGCAGACAAGUGCUACUUCUGCGUCGACGAGCGUGGAGAACGGACGGACAGGGCGGAAGGGGCGGACGCCAGGGCGGACGCUAGGGCGGACGUGAGGGCGGGCGGCGCAAACGUAAGUAACGCCUCGGAAAUUCGGUUCGCAUUUUCGGUGACCUAA